UUGACUAAAAAAAAUGUUAUAAAAGUUUUAGGUUGAGUGUUAUCAGCUGAUGGAUGUAAACAAGUGCAGAGAGUCCUCACACAAGCCUGCUCUCACCUCCUUGUUAUAGUUAGAAUGUACAUAUCACCACUGAAGACUUACUAUGAGUAGUGUGAGGGUGGAUGUGCAGUGGUCGCCAGUCGCGGCUGACCAGUUCCUUACUUGGGGAUCUGAUUUACAGCUCUACCAAGUUCAGGAUGUUACGCCAACAGAAAUAGUCCAAUUGCCUCGUUUGCGUCUAGGUCCAAAAACUGCUGCAUCACUUCUCUCCACAAAUAAUGACCUGCAGUUCAUCAAGUGUGUGUCCUGGUGCCCUGGGCAAGAAACUGACCCAACCAAUCAGCUUUUAGCAGUGGGCCAGGCCAAUGGAAAAGUUGCUCUCACAACUUUCAGCAAAGUUCCUGAUGCACGUGGAAUAAAGGGAAGAGAGUUCAUUCCCAAGCACUCCCGUCCUGUCAACUCUCUAGCAUGGAGUACCCAAGAGCCCCAGCUGCUUGCGGCAGGAUUGGACAAAGUUCGCACAGAUCACUCGGUUAUUGUUUGUGAUGUAACUCGCACUAGUCAGCCGCCUACAUAUGCAUUUGAUCAAAGAAAUUCCAGUGCUGGGGAUGUCAUGAAGCCUAUGAUUGAGUUUGGAUUGGCUGAGACAACACACAGUGUUGCGUUCUCCCUUCAUGCCAAUCGUACACUUAUCACUGGGAUGAACAACAAACACAUCAAAGUUUUUGAUUUAAGAGAAGGUAAAUUAUGUGCAACAGCAAACACCAAAGCUGUGUAUGGAAUCUGUACUGAUGUCCACAAUGAACACCGCUUGGCUUCAUUUGUGGAGAAUCAAGUUUCCAUAUGGGAUUUACGAAGCCUAGAGCGACCAGUGCUGUAUCUUGAUGCAACCAAAACCAUUACCAAAUUGGCCUGGUGUCCCUCUAGAGUUGGUUUGUUGGCAUCUCUGUGUCGAGACAGUUCAUCAGUACGGAUAUAUGACAUCCUUCACUACACUCAUGGUGGAGAGGAUCAAGAACCAGCUGUAAUUACCCGCUCUAUCAACACUGACUCCAGCACUUACAUAUCUGCAUUCUCAUGGCACCCCACACAUGAGAACCGCAUCAUUACUGCAUCUUAUACAGGUAAACUGGUUGACUACAAUGUCCAUGAAAGAAUUACCCUCAAUUGGUCAGCAACAAGUGCCUUGUUGUGGACCAAUGGAAAGAAGACUCUUCAGCAGAUAGAUUGUCAGCACCCUGUGUAUUCUCACUUUGAUGACAUCUCAACCGCCAUCAUGACCCGCGCUCAAAAGAAAUAUGGUUUACAUGUGAAUAAUUUAGCCACUAAUGGAGAAGUAACAGAUGACAUGUCUCUUCGUAAUUUAUGGACUUGGUUGGAUGCUGCCAGAAGUUUGGUCAUAGCUGGUAAUUUCAAGCUACCUGGAGGAAUGCCUUAUAGAUACCAAGGUGUAUGGAGUCUGAUGGCCAUAAAGGAGGAAAGCUUAUCAUCAGACAUUAUCAACAAAUCAUGGGUUGGGCUAGAAGGACAGAAGCCACACUUUGCCAAAGUGUUCAGAUGUGAAGAACGUAGUCGUGCCCUUGAGUUGUGCUCUUGGGGAUUUGAAAGUGAGACAGUACUUAAUAGCUUCUUAUCACAAUUAGAAGCUGCAGGAUAUCACACUCGGGCUGCUGCAGUCGCAGUUUUUAAUCAGCGCUUAAAACAAGCAAUACUAAUCCUAGAAAGGGGAGCCUCUAGUAAGAAGCUGCCUGCUUUAAACUCGACUGCGAUGGCACUCUCAGGUUUCACAGAAGAACGUAAGGGGCUGUGGAGAGAAACAUGCAUGAGUCUGCGCUCUCAACUAACAGAUCCUUACCUUCGUGCCAUGUUUGCCUUUCUCACUGAUGAUGCUGACUCAUAUGAGCCUGUUCUGGGAGAAACUGAGAUGGCAAUUGAAGAUAGAGUAGCCUUUGCUUGUACAUACCUAAGUGAUAUACGGUUGAUGGAAUACCUAGAGAAGUUAAAUACACAACUCACAGAGGAGGGCAACUUGGAUGGCAUCUUACUUACAGGUCUUUGCUCAGAAGGAAUAGAUUUACUGCAACGUUAUGUGGAUCUUACUGGGGAUGUGCAGACUGUGGCACUGGUCACUAUACACACCCUUCAGCACGCUUUUACCAAAGAUUCUCGUCUUUCUCAUUGGGUUCACUGUUACCGAAACCUGUUGGAUAGUUUGGGUCUGUGGAACGAGCGAGCACAGCUGGAUGUUAUAAUGAACGACAACAAACAUGCAGAGAGACCACCUCAGCACAUUUAUUUAACUUGUAAUUUUUGUAAGAAGGGUAUUUCUGCUUACAUCCAAACUCCCGGACGACCACGAAAUCCAUACGCUAGAUUUGGUACUGGUUCUGCCAAUAAAUCAAAGAUGCAAGCAUGUCCAAACUGCAGGAAACCCCUCCCUCGAUGUUCUCUCUGCCUGGUGCAUAUGGGGACUCCAUCUGGAUGGGGAAGCUCAGUACCUAAAAAUUCAAGUGGAGAAGAGGGUGUUGAUGGUGCUCCCAAUACUCCCACAUCUAACACAACUGUAAGCAAAAGGAAACUGAGUAAUUUCACCUCUUGGUUUACCUGGUGCCAAACUUGUAGACAUGGAGGACAUGCACACCACUUAAUGGAAUGGUUUAAGGAACAUACAGAGUGUCCUGUCACCUCUUGUAAAUGUAAAUGUAUGUCAUUAGACACAGUAAGCAAAGUAGCAUCUUCCUCUGUAUCUUUGAUGACCAAGUAAUCAGAGCAUUUCCAAGCUGAACCUCAUAGAAUUUUUAAUGUUUUGUUUAUGGUAGUGUGGUAAUGAAGGAAACAUGACUAAGAGAUGGAGCUUUAUUCCGGACGUCAGAAAUGAAGCUCCAUCUCUUAGUCGUGUUUCCUUCACUACCACACUACCAUCUAUCCACAAUGAACAAUGUUUUUGGUUUUUUUAUCUUUUAUGUGAGUUCAUGGCCUCUGAGGCUCAAAGAAGCAGUGUUACUAUAACUUAACAACAAAUGUGAAAAAUACCAGGUAAUUGAUGUGGCUAUCUAGUAACAAGGAGUAAGGGUUAGUUCCCAUAUGUAUACCCUGUACUUUGACCUAAGAAAAAUUAAAGAUCACUUCUCACAUGAAACAUGGUGAAUAGUAUA